GUGCACUAUCUGCGUUAGGAGGUGCAAUGACCUCGCUUUUGAAAAAGAACCCCAACAUAUCAGACAUUGUGCGCUCCUUGAACGACUGCGCGCAAAUAAUUGCUGACUCACACUUUGCCGAGACCUACACGCGAAGAUCUCUCAUAAUACCAUUGGCCGAAAAAUCAUUAAUAGAACCCUUGAAGGAUACUAAAAGAGAUCAGUAUUUGUUCGGCGAUAAACUUUCCAGUUUAGUGACCAAUUCAAAAGGAAUAAAAAAAACUGGUAAUAUGAUACAAGCCGGUAAUUUAAACUGGAGAAGACAACCCAAUCGGGAACGAUACAAAAAUCAACAAAUGUCAAACAGACCCAGCGGACAGCGAACAUCUCAAUAUUUGAAUUCGAACCGGCGGCGAUACCCAUACCCACCACCGCCUCCGCCUCCGGGGCGCCGAGCCGUGCCCCAGCUGCCGCCUCCACCGCCGCCGCCGCCGCCGGGCCGACGUCAGCUCGCGCAGGCGACGAAUGUCCCCCGCCGCCAGCCCUACAACAGGCCCCCUCAACUGUAGACAUCGUGGCGCCGACGCCGCCGCCGCCGACUCCUCUACUUACGCAGGUAUAUGCCGGGCGUUUACAAUACUAUAUUAGUGCAUGGAGUGAUCUCACACAUGAUGAAUUCAUACUAUCAACUGUAAGAGGCUACAAAAUUCCUUUACUUGAAAUUCCUAACCAAAA